CCUUUAAUACUUUCAGUUUCUGGGCUUCUAGCAGCUGUUUGGCACAUAGUUUCCAGUCUUUAGAAUUUAGUCCAGCUAACAUAUUAGUAACAAAAAAUGACAAACAAUAUUAAGGUUUUACAAUUACAGCAUUAGCCUUUUGUAAGCAAUAGGAGUAUUCCAUAAAAUUUAGCCAAAUAGCCUUGAUGUGUCAAAUUAAUUCCCUUUGAAAAUGAGAGCAUCAGCAGUUAAAAGGACAUUUCAGAAAAGCUUUUUCCAAUGAAUUCUGUCUUGAAUUCCAAUGCAUUUCAACUGGCUGUGUUUCCUCUCCCUAGACAAGUUCCAAAUAGAAGCUAUUUCUUGUUAUACUCAAGUACAGUUCAUGCUUAACUCUAGUCUAGUCUGCUUUCCCUUUUCACAAAGAAAAUCAGUAUUAGUGUGUCACGUUUUAUUUUUUAUUUUUCACGUACUCUGUGUUCAGAGCUCUUAUCCACUCUCACAACCACUCCGCUCUUUGUGAUAGCAUUAAUUGAGUCUGUCUUGCAGAAAACCAAAUUAGAAUGAAAUAGCCUCUGGUGUGUAGGUGCAGAAAUCCAGGUUAUUAUGAUUAGUUUUCUUGUGUGUUUGGAUUUGCUUGAGUUAUUAGUUAUUUAUAUCCUCAGAGUACUCUGCAUGUCAACACAAUGAGAUCUCUCACUAAAGCACAUCUUUUGUUUUUCUGAAAUUUUUUGGUAUUCUUUAUUCAAUAGCGCACAUUCAUCAUUUUGUUCAUUUUCUCUGACCUACCCAAGGUCAGGCCCUGAAGGUGUUGUCUGGGUUUCUCUUCUGGGCCAUCUUUCUCUCCAGCAAAACUCUACAUCCCAAGGCGUUUUCAUACCAAGCUCAUGUAAAGUCCCUCUGAGUUCAGGGUCUGCUCCGGGUUCUCCCACCAGUGGGACCAGAAAUUCCAGGUGUCCAAGAAGCAUUUCAGUCAGCUUGCCAAAGUAGUCACUGUGUUUUGGCUGUGAAGGAAAGAGCGUGAAGCCGCAGACCCCACUUACUCUUUCCAAACAAAGGGGGUGUUUGCCCAGGAAGUGUUCUUCACUGUCUGUCAGAACAGGAAUCUUUCACCUUGGAAAAUGAAGAUGUUGCCAUGGGAACUCUUAAUCCUUCUGUCACUCAAAGAGUGCCUUGCCGAGAACGCCCGCCACGGUCCUGUCUUCACCCAGGAGCCCAGUGACAGUAUUUUCCCCAUGAGCUCCGGCGACAAGCUGGUGUUCAUUAACUGCAAAGCGAAGGGUAACCCACCUCCACAGUAUAGGUGGAAAGUGGAUGGGAGGGCCAUAGACUCCAGCUCGGACCAGAGCUACAGCCUUGUUGAAGGGAACCUGCUGAUCAAUAAUCCUCAUUUUAUCAAUCACGGAGGCGUCUAUCAGUGCAUCGCCACCAACGCGUUUGGAACCAUUGUCAGCAGGGAGGCAAAAGUCCAGUUUGCAUUUCUGCAGAACUUCAGCCAGAAGCCGAGGAAUACAGUGACAGUGAGAGAGGGUCAAGCCGUGGUUCUCCUCUGCGGCCCGCCGCCCCACUAUGGAGAGAUCAAGUAUUCCUGGGUUUUCAAUGGCAACCGCAACUUCCUCCAGCAGGAUGCACGCCGUUUCAUCUCCCAGCGGACCGGCAACUUGUACGUCGCCAAAGUGGAAGCCUUGGAUGCCGGGAAUUACACAUGUGUAGUGAGAAACAUGAUGACCAACGCCACGGUGUUCAGCUCUCCAACCCCGGUGGUGGUGCGGGGUGAUGUGGUGAUGGGUGAAUACGAGCCCAAGAUCGAGGUUCAGUUUCCUGACACCCUUUACGUUUCCAAAGGAUCGUCAGUGAAGCUGGAAUGCUUCGCCCUAGGAAACCCCGUGCCAUCCAUCUCCUGGAGGAGAGCCGAUGGAAACCCACUCCCUGGGAAGAUUAAGAUCAACCACUCCACCGGAGAUCUGGAAAUUCCAUAUUUUCGUCCAGAGGAUGCCGGUGUGUACGAGUGUGUUGCUGAGAACAGCAGAGGGAGGAAUGUUGCCAGAGGGCAGCUGAUAUUCCAGAAUGUUGAACAUCUUCAGUGGACCCAGAUCCUGAAAGAUGCACAUAUGGCCAUUGAUGCCAACCUGCAGUGGGAAUGUAAAGCCAUUGGUAAACCUAAACCUAAAUAUAGAUGGUUAAAGAAUGGUCAACCGCUGACAGCAAAGGAGAGAGUUCACGUUGAAGCUGGUAGACUGACCAUAUCCACAAUCCGUUUGUCAGACUCAGGGAUGUAUCAGUGUGUGGCAGAGAAUGAAUAUGGAUCACUGUAUGCCAGCGCAGAGCUCAAGGUUGUAGCUUCGCCGCCUGACUUUACCCAGCGGCCAGUGAAAAAAUCCACUGUGAUCCAUAGAGGAGGAGAGGUGGUUUUAGAGUGCCGGCCCAACGCGUCCCCCAGGGCCACCAUCUCCUGGUGGAGAGGGGGCGAACUCCUGAGGACCAGCAAGAGACAGAUGAUCCUGGAGGACGGCGCACUGCGCAUCGCCAACAUCUCCAAGGCGGACGAGGGCAGCUACACCUGUGUGGCCAGAAACCAUUUUGGAGCAUCCAGCAGCACAGGGGCUCUAGUAGUGAAAGAGCCCACCAGGAUUGUGGUCCCGCCUCUAAGCUCAGACGCCAGCGUGGGACAGAGCCUGGUCCUGCCCUGCCAGGUGUCCAGCGACUCGUCCCUCAGUCCCGUCUUCAAGUGGUUCUUCAACGGCAAGGCCAUUGACUUCAGCCGGCAGGAGCACUUUGAGAUGAUCGGUGGGGGAUUUGCAGGCGACCUAAUGGUGAGGAACAUUCAGCUAAGGCACUCUGGAAAGUACGUGUGUAUGGUACACACUGACGUGGACACGGUGUCGGCAGCGGCAGAUCUAAUUGUUAGAGGACCUCCUGGUGCCCCACAGGGUCUGCUAGUGACCACCAUUACUGACACGACAGUGCAGCUAUCCUGGAGCUCUGGACCAGACAACCACAGUCCCAUCACCAUGUACGUGGUUCAAGCUCGGACCCCUUUCUCUAUUGGCUGGCAGACGGUGAAGACAGUUCCUGAUUCUGUGCCUGGACAGAUGAUGCACACAACUGUGAAAGAUUUGAGCCCCUGGGUGGAAUAUGAGUUCAGGGUGGUGGCAAUCAACAGUGUUGGUGUUGGAGAACCCAGCAUGCCAUCAAAACAGAUCCGAACCAAAGCAGCAGCUCCCAAGGUUGCACCGGUUAAUGUGAGCGGUGGUGGGGGAGCUCGAGGAGAGCUUGUCAUUACGUGGGAGCCGGUUCCAGAGGAACAGCAGAGUGGAGAGGAAUUUGGCUAUCUCGUGGCUUUCCGGCCGCAAGGCAGCAGCACCUGGAUCAAGACGGUGCUGGCUUCGGCCGACGUGUCCAGAUACGUGUACAGGAACGACAGCGUUGCGCCACUGUCCCGUUUCGAAGCCACUGUGGGUGUGUACAACAGUGUGGGGGAGGGGCCGUUCAGCCGGAUUGUAAAAGUGCUCUCUGCAGAGGAAGAGCCUUCCGCCGCUCCAUCGAGAGUAUGGGCUCAUUCCAUCUCUGCCUCUGAGAUUGAGGUGUACUGGGAACCAGUUCCUCCCAGGUCCAGCACUGAGAACAUCAUAGGGUACGAGGUUCUCUUUUGGGAGGGAAGCUCUGAGCAGCGUGAAGCAGACAGGGUGAGGGUUACCGACAGCACGGCGCUGCUCUCCGGUUUAAAGAGCAGUACGGUCUACCUGAUCUCAGUGAGAGCCCAGAACAGUGCCGGACUUGGACCCUCUAGCCCCUCCAUCAGCGUCGCCACCAAGAAACCACCACCAAGCCAGCCUCCGGGGGUCAUUGAGUGGAACCUGACCAACUCAAAGAUCUUUCUGAAGUGGGAGCACGUCAAGGCGUCGCAGAACGAAUCCGAGGUGACAGGAUACAAGGUUGUGUAUCGCCAGAGCUGGCAUGGCAGGACUACAGUACUGCAAACCAAUAAGACCAGCGUUGAGCUGGGGGUUCCUUACGGGGAGGACCACGUCAUCGAGAUCACAGCCCUGACUGAGGGGGGCCAUGGAACCAGCAGUGGGCCCAUUCACAUACCAAAGAUGUCCAGUCUGAACUCAAAAGGAUGUGUGGCUACAAUUCCAGUGAAGACGUACUGUUUUAUCCCCUUUAGACUUCAUUUAUUAAUCCAUCUACUGAUGCUAUUAUACUGAAAAUAAACGCAGUGCAUAUUUUUCCUCCUA